AUGGAGGCAAAUUUCUUUGGGCUCAUAUCCGUCUGCCAGAGUCUCAUUCCCCUGGUGCGUUCAGGUGGAAGGUGCUGCAAGACGGAAACUAACGCAGCUAACGGAUGGACAACAUGGUCAUAUGGGGUUAGUAAACUCGGGGUGAUCCUACUGUCAAAGAUACAGGCUGAAAAGAUAUCACUAGAUGAAUCAAGGCAGAAUAUACUUGUCAAUGCGUGUUCCCCAGGCUUUGUACAAACCGAUAUGACUGCUGACUUACCGGAAACCGAACACGACGUAAGCAUCAAAAUAACGACUGUAGAGGGCGCAGAUACUCCAGUUUUUGUGGCACUCCUUCCACCAGGCGUAAAAGAGCCAAACGGACAGUUCUUGUUGCGAAGAAAGGUGUAUGACUUUCUCAACACUGACGUCAUCAUCCAAAAAUGA